AUGGACGGAUACAAAAGGCAGAGGGGAAGUUCUGAUAAGCUGAGGUCGCCUAAUAGGAAGAGUUAUCGAAAGGGUGAGCAGAAUUAUCCUGUUCGCGACCAGAGGAGCGGUGACUCUUGUACAAUCCGCUUACGACAUCGUGGUCCUCAAGAUCAGGGAACUCUCGCCCGGCGGAAAGAUAAGGCUACGCUUCCUGGUAUACCUGACCAUCAUCCUGUCUUUGAACUACUUUUCCACGAUUGGAAUGACAAGCUCUCCGGACAGAAGGCUGAGUCCGUUCCUGACCCACCUCGGGAUGAUGGUCAUACCCUCGAUGUUCAUCUGCCUCUUGGAAGAAGAGGUCCUUUGGAAGGCCUACAGGAUAACCUUCUGCUCUUUCUUGUUCCUCGUCUACGUGUCCUCGAUAGUGCCACGCCAGGACUCGAUGACUUCCAUCGGUCCCAUCACUGUUAUCGUAUCCGUGUGUAA